AUGACCAACCUAAGAUUACUCAAGAUUAGAGGAGUACAACUUCCCAAAGGUCUUGAGUAUCUUUCCAAUCAGUUAAGAUUACUUGAUUGGCGUGGAUUUCCUUUAGAAUCAUUGCCAUCAAAUCUUCAGUUGAAUAAACUUGUUGAACUUAAAAUGGACGGUGGCCGCAUCAGACAACCAUGGAAGGGGAACAAACCUUUCAACAUGUUGAAAUCAAUUAGUUUCAACUCCUGCAAGAGCUUGAUCAAAACACCAGAUUUCACAGAGAUUCCAAAUCUUGAGGAGUUGACUCUUGUGGGAUGUUCAAGAUUGAAUGAGAUUCACCCAUCUUUACUAGCUCAUGAAAAGAUUAAACGGAUGGAUCUGAGUUAUUGUUCAAGUCUCAAAACUCUUCCAAGCCAGAUUCAUAUGGAAUCUCUUAGAAGUCUUAGUCUUGGUGGUUGCUCAAAAUUGAAGAGGUUUCCAGAGAUUAUAGGAAGUAUGGAGUGUCUCUUGGAGCUUAUUUUAUAUCAUACUGCUAUUAAAGAAUUGCCUCUGUCUAUUGGGCUUCUAUUUGGGCUUGAAUUCUUGGACUUGAAUAAUUGCAAAAAUCUUUCCAGUCUUCCAAUUACUAUAAAUGGCUUAAAAUCUCUUAAAACCUUGUUUAUCUCUCAUUGGUCGAGACUUGUGAGUCUUCCGAGUAUUAUAGAUAGUUUGAAAUCUCUUCAAAAGUUGUCUAUCUCUCAUUGUUCGAGACUUGUGAGUCUUCCGAGUACUAUAGAUGACUUGAAAUCUCUUAAAUACUUGUUUAUCUCUCAUUGUUCGAGACUUGUGAGUCUUCCGAAUGGCUUGAAAUCUCUUCAAAACUUUUCUAUCUCUCCUUGUUCAAAUCCCAUGACUUUUCCAUCUAAUUUGUGUCAUAUUAAAAAGUUGCAACUUCGUGAUUGUAAUCUUGGGGAUGGGGCAAUAACCAGUGAUUUGCUUGGAAGCUUCAUCUCAUUCGAGGAAUUAGAUCUAAGCCAAAACAAUUUUGUUUCGUUACCUGCUAGCAUCAAUCGUCUUUCUAACCUCAGAUUUCUUAGCUUGAACUGUUGUAGGAGGCUUCAAAUUCUGCCAGAACUUCCUUCCAAUAUAAGUUCACUUAGUGUAAGCGGUUGCAUUUCCCUGGAAAGAUUAUCUAAUGCAUUAAGAUUAUGCAAUUCGAAUUUGUCAAAUAUUUCAUCUUUCAAUUGCUUGAAACUCGAUGGUACUGGUGAAGCAUUUUCAAUUAUGAAGGAACGCCUCAAGCUGACAAAUUCAAGUAAAAGAUUUAGCAUGGUUGUUCCAGCAAGUGGAGUUCCAGAGUGGUUCAAGCAUAAGAGUGACGGUCAUUCAAUAAAAAUAGAAAAGCUGCCAGAUUUGAACAAGAAUGAUAGCAAGUUGGUGGGAUAUGUUGUGUGCGCUACAUUUUUUCACUGUGACAAGUGGUUGUUUCUUCUUCGGUGUAGUGUGACUCGGGGUUUUUCCGUACAUGAAUGUUCGCGAUUGACUUUUGAUGUUGACUCGCGCCUGCCUGGGUUAGAUCAUCUUUGGCUACUCUAUUUACCUGGUAAGAAAAUCAAACGAUUUAAUAGUCCCGAGUUCAAAAUUUGGUUAGACGGAUGCCCGACGUUCAGAGUGAAGGUGAAAAGGGUUGGAGUCCAUCCUGUGUAUGAGAAUGAAGAUUUUGUUGAGUUUCAUUGA